AUGGGAAAGAGAAUGCGAGUUUCCCUGUCAAUUUCCUUAUUCGCAGUACUAUUGAGUCCAAGACAAGCCCAGUCAUUUAUCUCCCACAGGUCUCUGACUGAUCAGAAACAAUUAUCAUCUGGACAAGUCAGAUCAAACCAACCAACCUAUGACGAGAAAGAGAAGAAUAUCAAGGCUGAAUUCCUGUUGAUAUCGUUUUGGUCCUUUGUUCAUCAAGCCUCGAUACCAUUUGGAGAUAUCGUAGAUGGAAUGUUCCUCUCAGAAAUCGAUGCGAGUUCACUUGGAGCUAUUGGGGUUGCCAAGUCAACUCAAAAGUCAUGCACCAAACUUCUGAAUUCCCCACUUUCCAAGGUAUCAGUAUCGAUGAUAGCAUCGGCAAUGGGAACAGAAGACCGCAAGGAUCUAUCCAAUGCGGCCGCGUCUACGCUGAAUUUCGCUCUCUUCAUUGGCUUUGCACAACUCUUCCUGUUUCUCGCUGGUUCGCAUCAACUCCUAGGUCUCGCGGGGAUAGACGAAAGGAGUUCUAUGUUUCUACCCGCCCUUGGGUUCUUGAGACUAGAUGUCCUAGCGAUGCCUGCUACAACGCUUUGGCUUGUGGGGACAAACAUAUUGAGAGGACUUGGAGACGCUUCAACUCCGCUGUUCUGUGCCCUUCUUCUCAAUGUAGUCAAUCUAUUCAGUAACUUCGUAUUCAUAGGGUGGUUCAAAAUGGGAUUAAGGGGGUCGGCAAUGUCAUCCGCAGUAUCUCGAACACUAGCACUUCUACCAAUGUUUCUGAUAUUGAAGAAGAAGAUACCAAAACUAAAUCCAUUUGCGCAACCUUUGAGUGCAAUAGUCCAGGGCCUGUCUGACUACUUCAAAGCUGGAAGUCUCCUUAUGGGAAGGUCGAUUGCAAGAAUCACUGCCUUUUCGUACUGCUCGAGGCAGUCUGCGAAACUUGGACCCUCUGCUGCAAGUUCUUACAGUAUUCUAUAUCAGCUAGGUUUCUGGGCAACGAUGCUCUGUGAAGGAUUAUCGAUUGCAACGCAGUCAUUACUAUCUCGACAUUCCUCUCAUGACUCUCUUGAUAACAGCAGGCUGCAACAUUACAUCCGCAAACAAUCAUUCACAGCAGGAGCUAUUGUGAGUGGAGGGUUUUCUGCCUUUUUCUAUAUCUUUCACAGGAGGAUAUUGAAUAGUUUUACAAAGAGCCCGGAGAUUUACGCAGCUGCAAUUGGAGUAGUCCCUGCCUUUCUUGUCGCGCAACUUACAAAGGGAUUUGCGUUUCCAAUGAAUGGCAUCAUACUCGGUCGAAAGGAAUGGGGGGUCUCCUUUUGCACUUUGUGGGUUGCAAACUUUCUUUGUCUUUCAACUAGGUUCCUGAAUCUUAGCAGUCCGCAGGGAAUCUGGUACGCGUGGACUGCUUACUAUUUAGGUCAAGGCUUGGCUGGAUUUGCUUGGUAUCGUCAUCGGGCGGAAGCUGUAGUGGACAGCAGCGAAGUGUCGAAGCAUAGAAACACUUCCAAGUGA